UAUCACCUCCGUUUCCUUCCAUCACACACCAUUUCUUUUCUUUUUCAACUUUCUCUCAAGAUCUUCCUUGCUUUCGGUGCUUUCAUUUCCAAAUCUCACGUUCUUUUCAUCUCUCCUCUCUCAACCUUCCUUUUAUUUACCCUUUCUUUAUUUUAUUUUAUUUUAUUUUUACAUUGUUAGCUUCUACUCCUUUCAUUUAUAUCCUUUCAACCAUUUUCUCUACCUCUUUUCUUUUGUUGCUUCCUCUUCAAGAUCUUAUCUUUCUCUGCUUACAAUUCAAGCUGAAUUUUCUUCUCCAGAAAGUGAUGCAUCAUAUUUCCUAGAAUUAUUAAGCUAUCUGGAAUGCUUCUUCACCAUCGAAUCUAUAACUCAACCAAACAGUUCUCGUUUCUCAAUAAUCUGUAAGAGCGGAAACACAGAGUUUUCUGUUGUCAUGGAUUCUAGCAUUCAUAAUUUUCAGAACCAAUCCGAUUCUGCCUUGUUGAGGUUUCACUCUGCUCCAAGCUCUCUUCUUGUUAAUUUCACUGAUACUAUUGAUAAGAGUAAUUUUGAAUCGGAGAGGUUAAUCUCAAGAUUCAUUAACUCUGGUGGUGAUACUGGUAAUAACUCUAACUUUCAAGAAUUUGAAGAUAAAUCGUCCGUUCAUUGUGGGAAUAAUUCUCAACAAAACUGUCCUGGGUUGCCUCCUCAUUAUCCAAGGCAGAGUUCUGCUAUGGACACCUCAUUUGAGUUCUUAAUGGAUCAUAACACACCAGUAAAAACUGUUAACUCCAAUCUCGUUAGGCAGAGUAGCUCCCCUGCUGGACUAUUCGCCAAACUCUCUGCUCAAAAUGGCUACUCCACCGCAAAAGAAGUGGGAAACUAUGGUGGGUUGAAUGGAUCGAAUGGAAAAGUUUGUCCAGCUGCAAACAGACUGAAAACUCAGCUUAGCUUCUCAUCAAGAAUACCUUCUUCCUUGGGCAUGUUGUCGCAGAUCUCCGAAAUUGAGAGUGAUAGCGUCGCAGGUAGCCCUACUGAUGGAAAAGUUGGAAAUGGUGAUGGUGAUGCUCGGUUUUAUAGUGCUGGAUUCCCUUAUGGUUCUUGGAACGAUUUAUCCCAUUUCGUGGAGAAUUUUACUGGCAUGAAAAGAGACCAGGAAAAUGACCGGAAGUUAUUUUCUGGUACUCAGAAUGGAGAGCUCGGAAAUUGCGUUCACAUAUUAUCCCACCAGUUGAGUUUGCCUAAGACUUCAGCAGAGAUAACAGCUAUGGAAAAGUUCUUCCAAUUUCAGGAUUCUGUCCCCUGUAAGAUUAGAGCAAAACGUGGUUGUGCCACUCAUCCUCGAAGCAUUGCCGAAAGGGUGAGAAGAACCCGGAUCAGUGAACGGAUGAGGAAACUACAAGAGCUUGUUCCAAAUAUGGACAAGCAAACAAACACGGCAGAUAUGUUAGAUUUGGCUGUUGAGUAUAUUAAAGACCUCCAAAAGCAAUUUAAGACUCUUAGCGACAGCCGGGCCAACUGCAAGUGUUCGAAUAUUCAGAAGCCAGUCCCUAAUCAAAUUGUUUGACUUGCUUCUGUACAGAAGAUAAGGAAAGUGAUGAAUAGGGGAUUAGAAUUUUCAUUUUCUUUUUAAUGAACUGAGCAAGUAUAAGGAAGCUCAAGUUUCUAUCACUUCAUGAGCCAUGACAUAGAAAGGCAGAUAGAAUUUACACCACAAGAUUCAAAGCCUGUAAGCUAACGAAGUAUGGUUACAAUAUAUAUAGAAUAAAGUGAUAAUUGUACAGGACAUGCUUCUCUAAUGCAUUUCUUGUUACGUUCAAGCCACCAAUUUAUUUCACUGUUUCUUAAAGUGAGACUGAAAC